GAACAGUAAGGUCUGAGAAGUGAGCACACCUUUCCAGUCCCUCUCUUAUUCCAGCGACACAGAAUGAAGACAAAGAAGAAGACUUCAAAGCAGCGAAGGAUUCGUCUCUCUAAAAGGUCCAAGCUUUCACAACACCCAACUCAAACCCAGAAGAGAAGGGGAGUGAUGGAAGAAGGGGUGAGCCCUCUUGUUGAGAAGUACUGGUUUCAAAGAUAUGAUCUUUUCUCAAAGUAUGAUGAGGGGAUCAAGAUGGAUGAGCAGGGCUGGUACUCUGUCACUCCUGAACAGAUUGCUAUUACACAAGCCAAGAGGUGUCCAAACCCAACUGUCGUUAUUGAUUGCUUUGCCGGAGUCGGAGGCAAUGCCAUUCAGUUUGCCUUACUGUGUUGUCAUGUUGUUGCUAUCGAAAUUGAUCCCGUUAAAGUUGAUAUGGCCAUCAACAAUGCAAGAAUAUAUGGAGUGGAAGAUUAUAUUGAUUUCAUUGUUGGAGAUUUCUUCCAACUUGCGCCAUCACUGAAGGGUGACGUAGUGUUUCUUGCACCACCUUGGGGAGGCCCAUCAUACAGAAGGAUGGAGAAAUUUACUCUCGACAUACUGGAGCCAAAAGAUGGGUUGAUAUGCCAUAUUCCAAGCUGCUCAGGCGAUAACAACGAACAUCAUUAUGUUCUUACCUCGAAAUGUAGACUUGCUCCAAGUUCAAGAACUCUGUUGGUUGUUUUCUCCUCCUUUAGAAUUUGAGAUUGAAGAAAACUAUGUGCGUGGCAAUCUAAAGGGGGUAACAGUCUACUUUGGUGGUGCAGUAGCCAGUCAGUUAUGAGUAGUAUAUGUCUUGACGUACAACCUAACAGAGUUAUUUGUAGGAUACCCACAUGCUCAGUUAACUUGGGGCUAGUGGUGAUGAUCAACUUCCUUAACUUGCAGUUGCAUUAUAAAUAUGAGUCUGCCCUAUUGAAGAGAUAGUGAAGAACUUUCGAACACAUUUUGACUCAUUGUAUCCCCAAGAUCAAAGG